AUGGCUUCAGAAAAUAUCACUCAAGAAACCCUCAGUGCUCGCUUUUCGGAUAUUUCUGUAGAAUUACGCACGAUGUUAAUACCCAUAAAGGGAUAUGAAAAAGUGCCGUUGGUCUCACUUGAAGAAGCUAUUGUACCGGUUGUUCUACUGGUGCGUGAUGUGCGACGAAGAGCAAAUAUUAUGAAACAACGUUGUAAAAAUCCAGCAAAUAAUCUCUCACCCGAUGAGGCAGCUUCAAUUAUGCUCUAUACUGCAGAAUGGGAACCCUCCACUGAUUCACUUUAUUUUAUUCUCAAUUCAACUUUACGCAAGGAAGAUAGAACGAAAUUAAGUUCUUGGUUUCUCUAUCUCAAACUUCUACUCACUGCUCUCACUCAUCUUCCACCAAUAGGCGAACGCACCGUCUACAGAGGAAUACGGCAAAAUAUGAGUCAUCUGUAUCCUCAAGGCAAGACACUCAUUUGGUGGGCAUUCUCGUCAUGUACAGAAAACAUUGAUACUUUAGAGACGGCAACUAUUUUUGGAAAAAAAGGUGCAAGAACUCUGUUCACUAUCAAAUGUUACAGUGGAAAGGACAUUCAUCAAUAUUCAACCGUUGAAAACGAAAGUGAAGUGUUGCUUUUACCUGGUAUUCAGCUCGAAGUUGUCGCCAGUCUUGAUCAGGGUUCUAACUUUCAUAUUAUUCAACUUAAAGAAGUCGAGCCAUUACAUCCUUUCUUAGAACCUUUGCCGGGUCAUCGCAUUCCACUCGUUAUGCCACCAGCAAGUGAACCGUAA